UGUAUAAGGAGUGCGUAGAGCUCUCCCCCAACUCCGCAUUCUUAGGGUUUUAGAAUUCUGCGGUGCGUGGUUCUCCAAAGUCGUCUCUCGCUGUCUUGAUCAGAUCGCGAGGGUUUCUGCAAACCCUAUAUUUUCUUUCACGGUUGUAAGUGGCCUGGCAUAAUGUCUCGAGUCUAUGUUGGGAACUUAGAUCCCAGGGUUACCGAAAGAGAACUCGAAGAUGAAUUUCGAGUUUAUGGUGUUCUUCGGAGUGUCUGGGUAGCUCGAAAGCCACCAGGUUAUGCAUUUGUUGAGUUUGAUGAUCGCAGAGAUGCUUUAGAUGCAAUUCGUGGAUUGGAUGGGAAAAAUGGGUGGCGUGUGGAGCUAUCUCAUAAUUCAAAGGGUGGCGGUGGAGGUCGUGGUGGUGGACGUGGUCGUGGUGGGGGUGAGGAUUUGAAGUGCUAUGAGUGUGGUGAACCUGGUCACUUUGCUCGGGAAUGUCGCUUACGGAUUGGGUCACGAGGCCUUGGAAGUGGACGGCGCCGAAGCCCUAGUCCCCGAUACCGUAGGAGUCCAAGUUAUGGUCGCAGGAGUUACAGCCCCCGAGGAAGAAGAUCUCCACGAAAGCGCAGCAUAACACCUCGCCGCGGCCGCAGCUACAGCAGGUCUCCACCUUAUCGUCAUGCUCGUCAUGAGUCACCUUAUGCUAAUGGAGAUCAACGCCGGAGCCGAAGUUGAAGCAGGCUGUCACAUCACCCCAAGAGAUGAUUUAUUGGCAAUACUGUAGUACUAAUAGGAUUGAUCGACCAACAGCAAACUUGUCUUUCUGUUCGAUGCAUGACCCUUGGGUUUGUUAGGAAUUGGAUUUGGUUGAGUAAAUGGCUUCUACAAUGUUCUAGCUGCAAAAAAGGGGUGCUUUUGACUCCUCGCUUUUGCUCCGACAAUACUCUUCCGCUUAUUGAAACCUGGAGAGGUUACUUUCCUACUUUAUAUUGCACCAUGAUACUGCUAUUUAUAUGCUUUUAUACCAUGACUUUUGAACUCUUAUUAAAUGGUUAGGAGUAGAAGUUUCUGUAAAAUCUUACACAGUACGUGUGCCUUUGUGUUUGUGUUGAGGUGCGGUUUCUGCUAAAACGGCACCGUCGCCACUUACUGCUCCCUACAGCACACGGGUUUCUCUGCAUCACUGCAUCUCUGCUUGUCUGCUUCACACCAUCUACUUGUUGGUCUUUGUGCUUAACCAUCCAGCUUGGCCGUGUGUGACAUUUUUGAUGUGCACCCUUCUGCAACAAAACCCUAAUGAGGUUUCUGCUAUAACGACGUCGUUGCUCCUUACUACUACUACUGCACACGGGUUUAUCUGCUUGUCUGCGUCACAUCUAUUCGCUCCUUGUGCCCAACCAGCUUGAGUCACAUGUUUGAAACCGCCAAAGCUCAGAAGCUACCCUCCUGCAACAAAACCUUAGACCCAUUCCUUUAGAAUUUUCUGCUAGUUGGUUGGUUCAAGAUGAUGGAGCUGUUUAUCUUCAGGUACACCAUGUGUUUCUGCAUUUGUGGUAAUGAAUUAUUUAUCGGAAUUUGCCUCGCACCUUUUACCAUGCUUCGUGUUUGUUUUCUUUUAAGAAACAAACAACGUUGAGGCAAAUGAAAAACGAGAUUUAACGGGCAUUUGGUUGUGUGCUGAUUGUCAUUACUGUUUCCGCCAUUUCUUCA